UACUUUCAUCGAAAAUGUCCGUGGAUGACUCUUGGGUUUUUGAUUCGUUGGUUUGCUUCCUCCAUGGACCAGUUUGGAACGCACCGCUGCAGACCUUCAUCGAGCAGAGAUCCUUGGUCUUCGAUCCCAAUCUGCAGUUAGACGAGAACAAUGAGGAAAUCCUACAGAUCCACGAGGAAUACAAGAACUUGGUCGACUACAUGCUGGGCAGCUUCAUGGAGGAGAUGCAAAUAUCCCCGGAACAGUUCGAAAUGGCCUGCCUGGAGGGCCGCCAGCAGGGCCAGGGCGAGAAUCCCUUCCAGUUCCAUCAGGUCCUGUUCCAGCAGAUAUGGGCCGCCAAUGAUGUAAAAAUCUUCAUACGAAUGAUGACGCAACGCAACGUGGAGCUGCAGCUGCAGGCCUUGGAUCUGAUAGAGAAAAACCAGUUGGCCCAAAGCUCUCUGGAGGAGGCUGAUAGCAACAGCGCCACGGGCUCGGAUCAAGGCGAUGCAGCCGCCGAUGUGGAUCAACUCAUAGCCAAAACCGUGGCCGAUGAGCUGGAGAGCCCGGAAGCCGCCUUGACCCCCGACCAGGAGGCUAGUCUUGAUCUGGUCAAUGACAAGUUUCAGCGCUUGAAUCUGUUCUUCGAGCAGGAGGACAGGGUGGAUCCCACCGAUGUGACGUCGCGUCAGGAGUAUCUGCGCCAGCAACGCGACAAAAUCGUGGAGAUCAAGAAGCAAGCGCGCGCCAAGCAGCUGCAGGAGACCAUGGCCCGGGACAGUCCCCAGGGAGCCGAAGGCGCCCGUCCCAGUUCCGCUCAAGUGGCACAGCAGCUCCUCGAGAACGGAGGCAAGACCAUGGAGCUCUCUGCGCCGCUAGACAGCGAGGAAAAUUCAGCACUCCAGCUGCGCCGCACCCUGGCCAAGCGACUGCGCAGUGAAGUUGUGGAGAAUAACUAAGCGAAUGGAAGGUUUUCUUUUUUUUUUUUAACUAAAAACUUCUUUGCUUAAAUGCGGAAUGUUUUCCAUGUUAUAGGGUACCUUGCACCGUUCCUUUCCUCCACUAUUAAUAUCGGCUAUAUCGCU